ACAUGCAUUGACACGCUCUCAUCUGUUACCUACUGUCGCAUUUUCUUUUCGUCCUUGAUACAUAUUGGUUCUCGAGCUUGAGAGUGACGCAGUCGCGGAGAGAGGUGCUCUGCUCCAUCUCUGUGUUCAAUGGCGACCUGGGUCUUAUCAGAAUGUGGCUUAAAGCCUCUCCCUCGUUUAUUUCCUAGACCCAGAACUGAAGCCGUUUCUCGCACCAACUCGUUAAAGCUCAGAUUGUUGCACGCUGGCAAGAUUUCUUCUUCUGCAGAUCUGAGAUUCCCCUACGUCAAUUUUUCUAAUGGGUGUUUUAGAGAGAGGAGUUGGGGGUUUAAAGUCAGUGCUCCAUAUGGAGUUGAUUCGAUAGAAGGAGAAGAAGAGAGAACAAAUGGCGUUACUGGGAUUGAACAUGAAGAAGAAGCCGAAUUUGAUCCUGGAGCGCCGCCACCGUUCAAAUUGGCUGAUAUCAGAGCGGCCAUACCAAAGCAUUGUUGGGUUAAGGAUCCGUGGAAAUCAAUGAGCUAUGUGGUGAGGGAUGUUGCUCUGGUAUUCGGUUUGGCUGCAGCUGCAGCUUAUCUUAACAAUUGGAUUGUUUGGCCUUUAUACUGGGCUGCUCAAGGAACCAUGUUUUGGGCUUUGUUUGUUCUUGGCCAUGAUUGUGGGCAUGGGAGCUUUUCAAACAAUCCCAAGCUAAACAGUGUGGUUGGGCAUCUUCUUCAUUCUUCAAUUCUUGUACCUUAUCAUGGAUGGAGAAUUAGCCAUAGGACUCAUCAUCAAAACCACGGGCAUGUUGAAAAUGAUGAAUCAUGGCAUCCGCUUUCUGAGAAAAUAUAUAGGAGCUUGGAUAGCAUUACAAGAACACUGCGUUUCACUGUACCUUUCCCAAUGCUUGCAUACCCUGUCUAUCUUUGGACUAGAAGCCCUGGAAAAACUGGUUCUCACUUUCAUCCAGACAGCGACUUGUUUGUGCCAAAUGAGAGAAAGGAUGUGAUCACUUCCACUGUAUGUUGGUCGGCCAUGGCUGCUUUGCUAGUAGGUUUAUCUUUUGUAAUGGGUCCCAUUCAACUGCUUAAGCUCUACGGUAUCCCAUACUGGAUAUUCGUUAUGUGGCUGGAUUUUGUAACUUACUUGCAUCACCAUGGUCACGAAGAGAAACUUCCUUGGUAUCGAGGAAAGGAAUGGAGUUAUAUGAGAGGAGGGCUUACGACACUUGACCGCGACUAUGGAUGGAUUAAUAACAUCCAUCAUGAUAUUGGAACUCAUGUCAUUCACCACCUCUUUCCUCAAAUCCCUCAUUAUCACUUAAUUGAAGCAACUGAGGCAGCUAAACCUGUGCUUGGGAAAUAUUACCGGGAGCUAGAGAAGUCAGGGCCUUUACCGUUUCACCUAAUUGGAAAUUUGAUAAGAAGCUUGAAGAAAGAUCACUACGUUAGUGACACUGGAGAUGUUGUGUACUAUCAGAGUGAUCCUCAACUCAGUGGCUCAUCAUCAGAGUAAAUUCUGAAUGUCCUCCUGGGCUGAGUUCUCACUUGAUUUUCAAGCUCUCCCUAGUAGAUUUCUUGGCUUAGCUAAGGAAAAUUAUUUGAGCUGUAUUAAGGAAAAUUAUUUUCCCCCAGAGUUGCUGAUGCCUAGUAAAGAUCAUCAUCAUGGUGAGUGUGAUCAGCGAUGCUUGCAGAAGAUGAUAGCAGCCUCUAUUUUUAGUCUAAGGCUAGGGAUAUAUGCAGGGUAUUUUCACAUAUGGACUGUAAUUCUGAGGUAAAGAGUGUAGCAUUUGUUGUUCUUGAAGAGGAAAUCAUCUCUUCAACAAAUUACAUCAUGUACUGGUCAAUUGAUUCAUAACAGAAGGAAAUUGGCGCAAAGUAAUCUAAAAAAAAAAAUGAUGAUUAUUUCUUCCUCUUCCAA